CUCAUACAUGGCACAGCGCGUGCACCCGUUUAGCUGGGAGGAUAUGGGCAGAGUACAAGCGGAGCGUACGUCCGGCUCACACCAAAACAAAAGCCAACUUGAAAUCCAUCUCCUUGCCCUUCAUCACUACCUUUACUUUUCGAUUAACGAGCUACCGAGGUAG